AUCCAUAAGCUGUAUGGAUUUAGGACCUUGAGGAUGCCAGAUGUUUCCAGGCCGCCUGCAUCAGAUCAGACUACAGUUGCACUGACCCGCCGAUAGCAGCGCGAUAAAGCCGCAGCAGCACAGAAAAGUUUAUCCAGUCGAACCAGCUUGUGCGCUUUUACGCACCCGUGGAACAGCAGGGAUGGGAGCUAAGCAGACGCGCGCAGAGAAGUACCAGGACUUGAUGGACAAAACUGGAUUUUCACCGGAGCAGAUCAAAAACCUUCACACAAGAUUUCAGCAGCUGAGUGACAAUGAAGAGACAAUAAGCCGAGAAGACUUGGAAAAAAUACCGGCCCUUGCCAACAACCCAAUCAGAAAGCAAAUUAUUGAGGCCUUCUUCGAUAAAAGGAACCAGCAUCAGAAUGAGGUGGGCGCCUUCCAGGAGAUUGGCUUCGAGCAGUUUCUCAUGGUCAUGUCCCACUUCCGGCCUCCAACUUUGAAAACGACAGAAGAAGAGAAGGAGGCUAUGAGGAAAGAGAAGCUUCGCUUCCUGUUCAACAUGCACGACACAGACAACGAUGGCACCAUUACCCUGGAGGAGUACAGGAAGGUAGUGGAGGAGCUUCUGAAAAAGAGCGGCGCCAUCGGCCUGGAGGCUGCCAAGGCGAUAGCAGAUGCUGCCAUGCUGGAGGUGGCGAGCACAAAUGUUCCCCACAUGGCUCCAGAAGAUUUCUAUGAAGGAAUUACGUUUGAGCACUUUGAACAGAUUUUGAAAGGCCUUGAAAUGGAGUCCAGGAUGCACAUUCGCUUCUUGGAUGUGGACACGACGACAAUGCGCUGUGGGAAAUCCAAGUCUUGAAAGAGUUGAAAUGUUUAUGUUGCUGCUGUUUUUAGCAGAAACUCUCCAGUCCAUAAAAGGAACUAAGCCAAACCCUUUCUAAUAUGCACUAAUGUAUUUUUGGACAAGAGGGAAGUAAUUAUAGAUUUAACACUAUACUGUAUGAAUGUUUUUAUACGGAUUGUUAAGACUGUAUGCCGUUUGUGCAAUUGAAGACUUGACUGGAAGCUGGAAACAGUCAAAGCACGAUU